UUCCUAUCUUCUAAACAGAUUGACUUGGUAAUCUUAGAAUGGAGUCCAUACCAACAACACCUGUUGAGGGAAUGCCAUCGCAAAAAGAUAAGUGGCAUACAAUAAAUCUAAACUCUGAGGUAGACAAUGAUGCUUCCGCCGAUUUCGAGACAGCUGUUAAGGCCUGUGGUUUUGGACGUUUCAAUAUUCUACUGUUAUGUGUAAGUAUUCCAGCCAUUAUGGCAUGUGUUUUUGAAACAGCUGUGAUGUCAUAUAUCCUGCCCAGCGCUGAAUGUGAUUUGAGUUUAGAUUUGGUGGACAAGGGAAUUCUUAAUGCUAUAGCGUAUGCCGGCAUGAUUGUAUCCGCUAUUGGUUGGGGUUAUCUGGCCGAUAGGAAAGGACGUAGAAAUUUACUUAUCUUUGGCUAUUUAAUGGAUGGCCUUUGUGUUCUGUGCGCUGCCAUAAGUCAGAGUAUUGUGCAACUAAUGGUGGCGAAAUUUUUUGGUGGAUUCGUCAUAAGUGGUCCUUUUGCAAUUUUGAUGUCAUAUUUAGCAGAAUUCCAUGACUCUAACCAUCGUUCCCAUAUUAUGAUGAUUGUUGGCAUAAUGUUUGCAACUGCAAAUAUCAGUCUACCCGUAUUGGCACUUUUAAUUUUACCAAACGAUUGGAAUUUUGAGAUAUUCAAUAUGAAUUUUGUUGCUUGGAAGGUGUUUGUGGCAGUGAGUGCCAUACCAAGUAUACUGUCAACAAUUCUUUUCGGUAUGUUUCCAGAGAGUCCACGUUUCCUAAUGUCUCAGGGAAGGAAUGAUGAGGCAAUGGAGACAUUUAAGAAAAUGUAUGCCCUUAAUACAGGAAAAUUAAAAGAGACAUAUCCGAUUAAAAGUCUAAAUGAGGAAACACAACAAAAAACCCCAAAAAAUAGGAUAGCAACAAUAGCAACUACUAUCACUGAAAUGAAUAAUCCAAAUCCUAACCUUCAGCAUGAAAAUGAUACAUCGGAGGCGAUUAAACAACCGAAUACUUUCAGAGUUCUAUGUUCCAAACCCUACUUGGGUUUAUGCAUUAUGGUUUGCAUCAUGCAAUUCUUUGUCCUGUUGGGUUUGAAUACACUACGUUUGUGGUUACCUCAACUGUUUGCGUCCCUCAAUGAAUAUAAACAUAUCUCAUCAGAAUCUACUAGCAUGUGUACCGUUUUGGAGUACAGUGUCAAUAAAACGGAACUUGUUAAAGAUCCCACGAGCGUUUGUAAUGUGAUAAUAACUCCUGCAUCAUACACAAAUAAUAUUGUGGUGGCAUGUGCAAUGUUCAUUGCAUAUUUAGUAGCUGGAACUUUGAUAAAUGCAUUGGGCACCAAACGCAUACAAGUGAUAGGUUUAGCAGCAGCUGGAACAUGUGGUUGUGCCCUAUAUUGGUCAUAUUCUUCCUUAUCGACACUGAUUAUAUCAUCUCUUUAUGUUGCCUUCGGUAGUAUGGCCAAUACAUCUGUUAUUGGUUCUUCAGUCAAUUUGUUUCCAACAUCAUUGAGAACAAUGAUUGUUUCCCUGACAUUGAUGGUCGGUCGCACUGGUUCAAUAUUUGGCAAUAUUCUGUUUCCAAUUUUCAUGUCAUUUGGUUGUAUACCACCUUUUAUUAUGUUUGGAGUAGUUAUGUUUCUUGGAGUCGUGCUGGCGGCAUCUUUGCCAAAUUCACAUAAAGUCGAUCUUAAGUAG